CAGUUUGGCCCUAUGAGACUUCAUCAAAAUCAACUUCAGGUACUUUUAGUGUUUGCCAAAGAAGAUAACCAGAGUAACGGGUUCUGCUGGGCGUGCGAGAAAGCUGGAUUUCGAUGUAAUAUUGCCCGGACACCCGAGUCUGCACUAGAAUGUUUUCUUGAUAAACACCAUGACAUUAUCAUUAUUGACCAUAGACAUUCCAGAUACUUUGAUGCAGAAGCAUUAUGCAGGUCUAUCAGAACAACAAAACCCUCUGAAAAUACAGUAAUUAUUGGUGUAGUAAGAAGGCAUGCUGAUCGUGAAGAGUCAUCAAUAUUGCCCCUCAUCUCUGCUGGCUUCACACGGAGAUAUGUAGAAAAUUCUAAUAUAAUGGCCUGUUACAAUGAGUUGAUUCAGCUGGAAUUUGGAGAGGUGCAGGCACAGUUCAAACUAAGAGCAUGUAAUUCAUUAUUUACAGCAUUAGAGAAAAGUCAAGAAGCCAUUGAGAUCACAAGUGAAGACCAUGUAAUACAGUAUGUCAAUCCUGCUUUUGAAACAAUGAUGGGCUAUCAAAUAGGUGAACUAAUAGGAAAGGAAUUAACAGAAGUGCCUAUAAAUGAAAAAAAAGCUGAUUUCCUAGAUACUAUCAAUUCCUGCAUAAAGAUAGGAAAGGAAUGGCAAGGAAUGUACUAUGCGAAAAAGAAAAAUGGAGAUAGUGUACAACAAAAUGUGAAGAUACUACCUGUUGUUGGACAGGGAGGAAAGAUUAGACACUAUGUGUCAAUUAGUAGAGUGUGCAAUGACAACAAUAAGGUGGAGAAGACAUGUGAACGUGUUCAGGCUGAAUCUCAGACAGAUAUUCAGACUUGCAGACACAAAGACAGGAGGAAAGGAUCACUAGAUGUCAGAUCCACAACCUCCCGAGGGAGUGAUGGCAGUUCACAACGGCGACACUCUUCUAUGGCCAGGAUACAUUCCAUGACUAUUGAAGCACCCAUCACCAAGGUAAUAAACAUCAUCAAUGCUGCACAAGAAAGCAGUCCCAUGCCAGUCGCAGAAGCUUUAGACCGGGUUUUGGAGAUUUUAAGAACCACUGAACUGUACUCUCCACAACUGGGGACAAAAGAUGAAGAUCCACAUACAAGUGACCUCGUUGGAGGGUUAAUGACAGAUGGGUUACGAAGAUUAUCAGGGAACGAAUACAUACUGUCAGCAAAACAAACUCAUCAGGUCGCUGGCAGUUUGAUCUCUCCAAUAUCCCUCAAUGACAUACCCCCACAGAUAACACAGGCAAUGGAAAAUGAAGAACACUGGGAUUUUGAUAUCUUUGAACUAGAGGCUGCCACCCAUAAAAGGCCGUUGGUUUAUCUGGGUCUCAAAAUAUUUGCUCGCUUUGGAAUCUGUGAAUUCCUAAACUGUUCAGAACCAACUCUGAGGUCAUGGUUACAAGUUAUUGAAGCUAACUACCAUGCCUCCAACUCCUACCAUAAUUCUACUCAUUCAGCAGAUGUACUACAUGCCACUGCUUAUUUCUUGUCUAAGGAAAGAGUAAAGCAAACUUUAGAUCCGAUUGAUGAAGUUGCUGCACUCAUUGCUGCCACAGUCCAUGAUGUGGAUCACCCAGGAAGAACAAAUUCUUUCCUGUGCAAUGCUGGCAGUGAGCUAGCAAUUCUCUACAAUGACACUGCAGUGCUGGAGAGCCAUCAUGCUGCCCUAGCUUUCCAGCUCACCACCCGGGAUGACAAAUGUAAUAUAUUUAAAAACAUGGAGAGGAAUGAGUAUCGAACCCUUCGCCAGGCCAUUAUUGACAUGGUCUUAGCAACAGAAAUGACAAAGCACUUUGAGCAUGUCAACAAGUUUGUCAACAGCAUUAAUAAACCCUUGGCAGCACUAGAAGAAAAUGGGGUAAGUGACACUACAAAUCCUUCAAUCAAAACUGUUCUCACGUCUCCUGAGAACCGUAUCCUUAUCAAGCGCAUGCUGAUAAAGUGUGCUGACAUUUCCAACCCCUGCAGACCCAUAGAGCAGUGUAUAGAGUGGGCUGGACGCAUCUCUGAGGAGUACUUUGCACAGACUGAUGAAGAAAAGAGGCAAGGUUUACCUGUCGUGAUGCCAGUUUUUGACAGAAAUACUUGCAGCAUCCCCAAAUCCCAAAUAUCAUUCAUUGACUACUUCAUUACUGAUAUGUUUGAUGCCUGGGAUGCAUUUGCAGACCUGCCAAAUUUGAUGCAGAAUCUGGAUAAUAACUUUAAAUACUGGAAAGGACUAGAUGAAAGAAAGCUGCGGAGCCUUCGACCACCACCAGAAUAGCAAUUAGGCCAUGGUGUGUAAUUUACUAACCAGAUGCAUAUUUAUUCAAGCUCACUUCUAUUCA